UAAAUCCUCAUUAACUCAAAUGUAUGCAUUGCCAUAUAUGUCUGCCAAAAUGUCCGCCUCAGAGAAACCAGGGAAUGUUCAGCCGAAUUGCUUCACAUCUACACUUGGACAAGCGGCUGAACGACCUGACACAAACUUGUCUACCGUCAGCGAGCUCAUCGAUCUCCAAGCGAAGUGCCAUGGUGAUAGAUUUGCUUGUGCAUUCCCCACUCCACGGGAUGGGGUUGAAUGGAGCUGCGACAUUUUCAGUUCUGACUUUCCCAGCUUACAAGGAGCUUCUCACUGCCUCGAUAGCGGCGGCAGGGGAGCUUAUUCCACUCUUAACAAUUCUGUCGACUUCCUCUUCACUUGGCUUGGUUUGAUGCGAGCUGGAUUAUCAGUCCUCCUGAUUGCGCCCCAAUGCCAGCCAGAAGCAAUUGUUCAUCUGUGCAAAUCGUGUGAUGCUCUGCAUCUGGUCUAUGAUGAAGCAUACCGCGACUUGGCCUCAUCUGCUGCAUCCCAUGCAGAAAGUCUAGCCAUCCAUCAAAUUCCUUGGCAGUCUCAAAGCCAUGAUAUUCGUCAUCUCAUGAGCCAUUUGAAACCAUUUCGUCGGAUAGUUUCGGAGGCCGUUGAGAGCGAUACAGCCUACAUCCACCAUACUUCUGGGACCUCUUCUGGAAUGCCAAAACCAAUACCACAGACACACCAUGGAGCGGUCUCGGUACUACCUUCCUUCGACGGCGGUGACUCAGCUACAUUCACAACAACUCCACUGUAUCAUGGUGGAAUCGCUGACUGCUUUCGAGCGUGGACUAGCAAUGCCUUGAUCUGGUUGUUCCCAGGAGACAAACGCCCUAUUACGACUAACAACAUCCUCUUUUGCUUAAAUGUCUCCGAGAAAGCGGCCCAAGAACGCUCCACACCACAAGUCAAAUACUUUUCUAGUGUGCCAUAUGUCCUUCAGAUGCUUGCCGAAGAUCCGCAAGGAGUUAGCAUGCUGCAGAAGAUGGACAUUGUGGGCGUUGGUGGCGCCGCACUGCCUGCUGGAGUUGGCGACGACCUUGUCUCCUCAGAAGUGAACCUGGUGUCAAGAUUCGGGAGUGCCGAGUGUGGAUUUCUGCUGUGUUCGCACCGCGACUAUGAAACAGAUAAAGAGUGGCAAUACCUCCGUCUGGCAAGCACCAAACUUCUCCAAUUCGAGAAACAGGAUGAUGAUUCUGGAUUGUACGAGUUAGUUGUGCGUCCAGACUGGCCACAUAUGGCGAAAAGAAACCGACAAGAUGGAAGUUACGCCACUAGUGAUCUCUUUGAACCCCAUCCAACGAUUCUGAAUGCAUGGAAAUACCAUAGUAGGAGUGAUAACCAAAUCACUUUGUUGACGGGCAAGAAGUUCGACCCUGCUCCAUUAGAAGAUGAGAUUGCUUCCAGCUCUCCUCAUAUCAGAGAAGUAUUUAUCGUUGGUAACGGCAAGCAAGUCCCUGGUGCACUGGUUAUACUCAAAUCAGACAUGUCUGCUUGUCGUGAAAAGGAGAUAUGGGAUGUCGUGAAGAACAUCAAUGGCAAAGGGGAAAAUCAUACCAGAAUAUCCAGAGGCAUGAUUCUAAUUCUCGAUGCCAAAACGCCGCAGCUUUCUCGGAGCAGCAAGGGAACGUUACUGCGUGCUCUUGUCGAGAAGAGAUUUGCCAUGGAAAUUGAGCAAUUGUACACGGUGUCAGACUCCGAAAAUUUCACCGAGACUGUUAACGGGUUGUUAGAACGGCCCAUGAAGGAUGAAUAUUGUGAUUUCUACAGGAGCGGCGUUGAUUCUGCAACAUGCACGCAAAUCAGAUCAGUCCUACAGAAAAAAAUUCUCGGCCGUGGCGAGUUACUUCCGUGGAAUGUUGUUUAUAAUUGUGGCAACAUCCAAAACCUCUCUCAAUACAUUAACGAUCUAAGGGGAGGGAGUCUGAAUGAUUCUAAAACCUCCUCAGGUGUUGAACAACAGAUGUUGGAUCUUGUCCGGCGAUGUUCGAAUUUUGAAACAUCAGAAGAACCUGAUGAUGUUGUCAAGCGUCAGAACCCUGAACCCUAUACCCGGGUAGUGAUUUUUACAGGCGCAACUGGUGCACUCGGUGCACACAUCCUAGAUAUUCUGCGCCGGGAUCGGUCAAUUACAGAAAUUUAUUCUCUCGUCCGAGCUGUCGAUCAAAACGCUGCAAGGACAAGAGUCUCCAGCAGCUUGAUUAAACGACGAAAAGAUUCAUUACAGGAUCAUGAUAAUGUUCAAUGCAUCCCAGUUCGGUUAGCACAACCGGAUCUAGGAAUACCAGCAGAGUUAUUGGAAGUUCUGAGAUCAAAAGUCACUCAUAUUAUCCAUGCUGCUUGGACCGUUAAUUUCUCUCUGCCACUUCAAGCAUUCGAAGAAGACAACAUUGCCGGCCUCUACCAUCUUAUCAAAUUCUCAAAGUCAUGCUCCCCUCCAGCUCGACUAUCAUUUUGUUCCAGUACUGCGAGCGUACUCGGACAGUCUCAUCCUGCCGUCAUAACUGAGCAAAUCUCGACCUCACCUUCAGAUGCUAAUGCUCUUGGAUAUUCACGCAGCAAAUGGGUCGCCGAAGCGAUCUGUUCUGCGGCCUCGAAUGAAGAGAUGAUGGCGGGACGCAUCAAGAUACUGCGCAUUGGACAGUUGACUGGAGACACCGUCAAUGGCGUGUGGAACAUGAGUGAAGCUUGGCCCAUGAUGCUGAGUACUGUGGAUGCUGUGAAUUGUCUUCCUCAGAGAGGUGACAAGCUGACCUGGCUGCCUGUUGAUAUUGCUGCCCAGGCUGUCAUCGAUAUUGCACUUGGUGAGAGCACGGACAAUCCACCGACAAAGGAUUGUCCAGUGUAUCACAUUGUGAAUAACUCGACAGAGAAGUCAUGGGAAGAUCUUCUCAGGUGGAUUCGUGAGGCUAGAUCGAAGCCAUUUGGUGUAGUUGAACCUGAUGAAUGGAUGAAAAGCCUGGAGAAGCUCGAAUCCCACCCAGCCCAGAGUUUGCUAUGGUUGUGGAAAGGUAGCAGCGCUGAAGAAGAGAAUAACGAUAAUCGAGAGAAACAACAAGCCCGCUUCGAAGUUGCCAAUGCGGAGGAAUUUUCAAAAGCCAUGCGUUCGGUGAGGCCGGUGGAUAAAGAAUUGAUACAUAAGAUCUGGAAUUGGUUGGAGGAACAGAUGAUUGGCAGCAAUGAAUCCCCAGAAGACAAAGCGCUAUAAUAAUUAGUUGGAG